CUCCUCCCUCCCCUCAUCUGAACAUGGUCGGGAUUGUUUUGAUGGGACGGCGGAGGAGCCAUCUUGUUUUUUAUCCGUCCUAAACCCGUUGACCGAGCCAGAGGAAACAACCAUAGAUGACACUAUAUCUAGACCAUAGCAACCUGAAAUAAAAACAUCUGAAUAUUAAAACAUAUUUAUCAUCGACGGAAUAUACACACCACCCAAAACAGUGCGCGGUUGGAUUACUUUUUUAACACUGGGGCUGGUGCCAUAAAUGCGUUUUCUCUGUGUACGUUUUCUCCGGUGUAAGCUACUAUGAAUGGAGGAUAAAUGUUGCCGAAAGCUGACAGCGGUGGUUUUGUGCUUCUCCUCUUUUUUCUUACAUUAACAGGUCCACGGCUUGCUCUGGCCAGACUGUUGUCAGAGCUGCGCUGCAGUUCGGGCCAGUUUGCUUGCCGGAGUGGAAAAAUGCAGUGCAUCCCUCUGUCCUGGCAGUGUGAUGGUUGGACGGCCUGCGAGGACAAAAGCGAUGAGAUAGAUUGUCCUACAAUUAAAGAGGAGAGGUAUCGUUUCAGUAAUGGGUUUGAGCCGGUGGAGGAUGUUAUGGGUGUCGCUCAGCCAGUGCGCUUCAACAUGAAGUGUCCGAGUGGAUGGCACCAUUAUGAAAAAACAGCAAGCUGUUAUAAAGUGUACCUGAGGAGCGAAAACUACUGGCAGGCAGUGGAAACCUGCCAGAAAGUCAAUGGCUCCCUCGCUACGUUCGGCACCAACGAGGAGCUGCAGUUCAUCCUCAAGAUCGAGGUGGAUUUUGACGAGAAAGUGUGCGAACGAAAGGACCAGUGCAAGUUCUGGGUGGGAUAUCAGUAUGUGAUUACUAGCCGGAAUCAUUCUCUGGAAGGCCGUUGGGAAGUGGCGUACAAAGGAUCCAUGCAGGUGUUUUUGCCUCCAGAGGGGCUGGCUAACUUCGGCGAGGCAAAUCCCACCCAGGACAACGUGUUCUGUGCUCAGCUGCAACGCUUUCAGAUCAAGAGCAUGAACGAGCGAGGCUUGCACAGCUGGCAUGCUGAAAACUGCUACAAAAAAUUCCCUUUUCUCUGCAAAAGAAGGCAAACAUGUGUAGACAUCAAAGACAAUGUAGUGAAUGAAGGCUAUUAUUUCACACCUAAAGGGGACGACCCCUGUCUGAGCUGCACUUGCCACGAUGGCGAGCCAGAGAUGUGUGUGGCUGCCCUGUGUGAACGCCCGCAGGGCUGUCAGCAUUUCCGCAAGGACCCCAAAGAGUGUUGCAAGUUCACCUGCUUGGAUCCUGAUGGCAGCAGUUUGUUUGACUCUAUGGCCAGUGGCAUGCGUCUCAUCGUGAGCUGCAUCUCGUCUUUCCUCAUACUCUCUCUGUUGCUCUUCAUGGUGCACAGACUGAGACAGCGCCGGCGAGAACGCAUCGAAACCCUCAUCGGAGGCAACUUGCAUCAUUUUAAUCUGGGUCGGAGGGUUCCUGGUUUUGACUACGGGCCGGAUGCCUUUGGAACAGGCCUGACGCCUCUGCACCUCUCUGAUGACGGUGAGGGGGGAGCGUUUCACUUCCAGGAGCCACCGCCCCCUUAUGCUGCUUACAAAUACCCUGAUAUUCACCACCCUGAUGAUCCUCCACCUUCGUAUGAGGCUUCCAUCAACCCAGACAGCAUCCUCUAUAUGGACCUCGGGCGGACCGGAGUUCCUCUGGCAACCGGGCAUAUGAGCACCGCGGCCGAAUGUCUCCAGAGGGAUUUCUCCGAGCAGAUUCCUGCCCCACCACAGCCCCUGGAAGAGCGUGAGGACUCCAUCGACAGCAGCACCCUACUGGUGUCUCCAGACACUCCAAGCGAAUCAGAGAACAGCAUCACACAGAGCUCCACCGCAGACUGCACCAGUGGCCCGUCGCUGAGCACCGUGGUAUAGAGAAGGAGAAAUAUAGAGAUCAGAAAGCCACACAUGCCGAGACUGGUCACUUCCGUAGGAAUGAAGACACUGGAGGCUAUAUGACUAGACAACACUUUGGAGGUUCAGACUGAAGACUUUAAACACUAAAGAAAGACUAUUUCAAGUUUGUUUUCAUCGGGUAACCCUCUGGUUUUUCAGUGUGAGCGUCACAUUGUGUAAAUACUUCCUUCGGGCCUUGAUUGAGUUCUCCAUUUCGUCACUUAAAAGGAUAGUUCACCUAAAAAGAAAAUGCGGUCAUCAUUUACUCACUCUCAUGUCUUUUGAAACCCAUAUGACUUCCGUGGAACACAAAAUAAGUUAUUUAUAGCAAAAUGUCCAAGCUGCUCUUUUCCAAACACUAAAAUGAAUGGUGACUGAGGCUGUCAGGAAUGGUUUCGAGUGAAUAAAGACUUAAAUUUCAGUCUGUUCCUGUCACAAAGUGUAUGUUCUUAUAGCUUAAGAAGACUGGGAAUACAAUACAAUGCACAAGUCGUAUGGACUAAUUUUAUGUAAUUUUUAUGGUGCUUUUUUGCCCUUUUAGGAGCUUGACAUCUCCUGGUUACCAUCCACUUUCAUUGUAUGGAAAAGAGCACCAUUAACAUUCUGCUAAAUAUCUUUUGUGUUCAAAAGUCAUACAUGUUCAGAACAACAUAAAUGAUGACAAAAUGUUAAUUUUUGGGUGAGCUAUUCCUUGAACUUGAUAUAAGCUUUCUCUGAUACACAUUCGGAUGGGAAAUAGAGUUCUCUCUCUCUCUCUCUCUCUCUCUCUCUUUCUCUGUCUCUGUCUCUCUCUGAGGUUUACACUGGCAUGUGUCAAUCACCUCACCUUGAGUGAAUGAACUGCUUGAUGAAAAGACGUUUAGGCCUUAGUGAUGUAAUGAAAAAGACCUAACAUUCUCUCACUGAAAUUGCACACAGACUGACUGUUUUCCUGGCACAAAGAAGCUAUUUUUCCUUGACUUAAACUGCUCUGUCCAAAUUGACCCCUCCAAACCCUUUCACAGGCUAUUUUGGGCAGUCUUCGCCUGCCCUCCUGUAUUCCUAACACCUGCCCUGUCCAUAUGUCUCUGAGAUGUGUAAAGGGGCGUUUACACGUACAGUAAUUUCCAGUGACAGAGUGAUGGAAAGUUGUUCGAAUUCAAUGAGAGUUGGCGAUUUCCAGCUUGAUGAGCAACAGAGACCAUGACAAUGCAGCAAAGUUGAAACGGAACUCAACUUUAUAAAACAAUACCGUUUCCAUAUCUGGAUUUUUGUGAUGUCUGGUUUUUACAUUUUUGUCUGUUGGAUCAGUAGCACGAACUUAAAAAACGAAGAAACAUUGAGGUACAAAUUUGUUUCAGUCAGCAUUCUGCUACGACUUUUAAAUAUCCUGCUGUGACGUGGCAAUGCAAAUCCAUUGCGGAAGUUUUUGGAAUGUCACCAUUAACCUUGAAGCAUUUGCUAUUCUUUUGGGACUUUGUUGUAUUGUCUCAGUGAUUGAUGUUAUAUUUGCUUACCUCAAAAAAGGGGUGAAUCUCAUGAGUCCCACGGGUCAUAAUUUAGCCCAAAAUAAAAAGGAAAAUGUGAGAAAUUAUAUUUUGUAUAAAGUAGUUGAAGCUGAUUUUUAAAACCAUUAAAAUUUAUUGAAUUGUGACAUUUCUAUGACAAUUAAGCAAACAAUGAAGAGCAUAGUGCUAGUAAUGUUAAGAUCACUGGUUUGAUUCCCAGGGAACAUGCAUUCUGAUUAAAUAUAUGCCUUAAAUGCACUACAAGGGGCCGUUCAGUCCAAAUUCGUACUUGCGUGAGAAAAAAAAAGCAAGACAGCACAACAAUUAGAACAGAACGCUGGUGUCUCGAGUCGUGUUAUAACUUGAUAUGGCAUCUAAAAAAAAGUGUGCUAGACGCUGAGAAAAUUGCAAAACGUGUGUGUGUUAACAGAAAAACUAUAGAAAAUCAGCACAGGCGGAUGCAAAAAUGUGUUUGGUGUAAACGCCACUUCAGUCGUUUCGGAUUAAAGCAUCUGCUAAAUGUGUAAUUGUAGUACAUGUUGUCCUUAAUCUAAUUUAUGCUCAUUUUAAUAAUAAUAAUAAUAAUUAGUGUCCAAAUUCCUGAUGGGAUGAUUUUAAUUACUGUAUAACAAAAAUUAGUAUGACAUUUAUUUUUGUAUUACUGUAAUAAGAAAUUUGAGGAGAAUACUUAUGAUAUUGUAAUUUGUAAUUGUCAAAAUGUCACAAUGCAAAAAUUGUAAUCGUUCUAAAAACAGGCUUGAUUUUCUUCAAGGAAGAAUUUUGUAAUGAAAUAUGAUCUGGUAGUUCCUCUAUGAGAUUUACCCAAAAAGUGAGGCACUAAUUUUAUUUACAUUUUUGAAUUCAGAAUGUAACAGCUCAGUUAAAAAUCUGAUGAUGAUUUCGUAAUAUUCUCCACAAAUUUUGCCUCUUAAUCAGAUCUAAAAAUGUAUGCUGAAGCAAAUACGGUGUUUGAAAAAUCUGUUUCUUCUUGUUCCUGAAUUUAUAGGAUUUAAGUGUCUAGAUUUUGCUAAGAUUAAUUAUGAGGUUUGCAUUCAUGGUCAGUCUGUUGGUGUGACUGUUGUGUGCGUAUGGUCCCCUUUUUAAUUUUCAGCAACCACAAGUCAAGUACUCUCAUCUCAGUAUUGUUCCGAUGCAAGUUACAAACACGUACACCAAUUGUUACUUGACACCAAGUAAAUUUGAGGGUAUAUUUGCACAUAUGACCUUAUAAAUGGAUAGUAUGUAAGAGCAAAACGGUUCCUUUUUCAUCUUUAAGUCAUUUACAAAUUAACAGGCUGCUCAUUUCCUAAACGGACAUUGUAUUUUCCAGUUAAUGAAACGUGUAAUUAAUGAAAUACCUAAGCUAUGUAUGAACUUGCAGGAUAGUUUGUUUUAAAAGUAUGUACUUGUGUGCAUUGUUUCUUACUGAGAGUAACAGGCUUUAAAACAUCAGAAUUUUGAUUACCACUACACUUUUUGUAAACAGGAACAUGCCAAAUUUGAUACAAAAAGCCCAUAAAAAGACAAUCAGGUGUUUCUGACAAAGCUGAAGUCAUUUUGGCAAAAUAAAAAGCACACAGUCCAACACUGUUGGGCUCAAAGUACAAAGACAAAUCAAUGUGAAUUUGCCUGAUAGAUCCCUUUUACUUUGCUAAAGAUUUAUUAGCCAUUUGACACUGUGUCCAGCACCAAAAUAAUUGAGGAUCUGACAAUAGAGAUAUUUCCGAGCAGCUAGGAUCAUUUUAAUUUCACUGUACAGUCUUUUUUAUUGUUAUUUUAUUUAGCAUUUAGUUCACACAGAAAGUGAAUUCUGUCAUCAUUUACUCACCCUCAUGUUGUUCCAAACCCAUAUGACUUUCAUCUGCGGAACACAAAGGAGAUGUUUGGCAGAAGGUUAAAGGACUUAAAUAUUGAUCUGUUUUUCACCUACAUCUAACAUAUGGCUUCAGAAGAUGUAGAUUUAACCACUGGAGUCUUAUGGAUUACUUUUAUGCUGCCAUAAUGAGCUUUUUGGAGCUUUAAAGUUUUGGUCAUCAUUUACUUGCAUUUUAUGGACCUACAGAGCUGAGAGAUUCUUCUAAAAACCUACUUUUGUGUUCAGCAGAAGAAAGUCAUACACGUGGGAUGGCAUGAGGGUGAGGAAAUGAUGAGAGAAUAUUCAUUUUUGGGUGAACUGUCCCUUUAACAGGCGCAGUCACUGUGAACUUUCAUUGCUUUUUUCCAUACAAUGAAAUUGAAUGGUGACUGAGGAUAACAUUCUGCCUAACAACUCCUUUUAUGUUCCACAGUAGAAAUUCAUACAUGUUUGAAAUAUCAUGAGGGCGAGUAUGUGAUGAUAGACUUUUUAAAUUUUGGGGUGAAAUAUCCCUUUAAGUCUCAUCAGCACAGACAAUCCUGUGAACAUAAGUUUUUAUUUUCUAGUGUGUGUGUGAAAUGUAUGUAAGUGUGUGGAUUGGUUGAAGGUUUGCAGACCUACGGUUGCAUGUUUUACUCUUUUUGAGCAUGCAGAGAGGGUGUUGUACUCCUCUGCUUUUGGACUCUUCAUUUCUGCUAUGCUUACGGACGCUUGUCUAAAAACUGAGGACGGUACACAUCCGAUUCCUCUUUCCCACCUCCCAAUUUCUACAUUUGCAUAAUAAUUUUUUUAAGUAGAUAAUUUCUUCUAGAUAGACUGUGGUGGAACAAGGGAAAAAAAACAUGUUUUAUUUAGAAUGCAACGGUUGAUGAAUUUUCUUGUCAAUUUUCUUGACUUUUUUUAUGUCAUGUACUGCUUUUUUGUCAGGGAUUUUUGGUUUCACUCUUAAGUAGAUGUACAUCUAAUCAAAUGCCAAAUAAAUUGUACCAUGAAGGACAAA